UUGGCCAACGGCUUCAACGCCAUCGGCUUCUCACAGGGCGGACAGAUAUUGCGGGCCAUCGCUCAGAGGUGUCCCACCAUUCAGAUCAACAAUUUAAUCAGUCUUGGAGGACAGCAUCAGGGAGUCUAUGGUCUGCCGCGAUGUCCACAACAGAAUCGGAUCUGCGAUUUGGUCCGAAAGUUACUGAAUUACGGCGCUUACGAAGACUACGUCCAGUCCCAUGUGGUUCAGGCAGAGUACUGGCACGACCCGCUCCAGGAGGACAUCUACAAAAACAGGAGUGUAUUCCUG